GAACCCUUUGCCGUUCACUGCAGCUUGAAACUUGAAACAUCCGUAGUCUUAUGUCUUCCGAGCCGUCUGUCUUGACGGUCCAUCAUCUAGACAAUUCCAGGUCACAGCGUGUCUUAUGGCUCCUGGAAGAGCUCGAGCUGCCGUACACUCUCGUUAAGCAUCGGCGCCGCGAAGACUUCAGUGUUCCCGAAGAGCUCAGAGUCGUCAAUCCUUUGCGAACGGCUCCCGUCAUCACAGAUGGCGACAUCACACUAGCAGAAAGCGGUGCAAUUAUCGAGUACAUCUUAGGCAAAUACGGCAGCGGCAAGUUCUUGCCUCCUGACUCUGGGAAAGUCGACAACUUGUUUUACACACAUUACGCCGAGGGCACCCUGAUGCCUUUACUCGUGAAUAGAUUCAUUUUUGGCCUAGUACCUACCAAGUCUCCGUUCAUCUUCCGCCCGCUUCUGUGGUACAUCUUUUCGACGCUAGACAACGCAGUAGUUAAUCCCCGCCUCAAGGUCCAAGCGGAAUUCAUCGAAGAACAUCUGUCGAAAUGCGGAGACUGGUUGGCUGGUGGACAAGGACCCACAUCUGCUGACUUCAUGAUGUCGUUCGCCCUGGAAGUGUGGGCUGACGGGUCUCCGGACAUGCUGGGUCCCAAGAUCAAAGAGUACGUUAAGCGAGUCCACGCGCGUCCGGCCUAUCAGCGCGCUCUGACGAAAGGGGGCGAGUACAAAUAUGCGAAGCCCGCUCUGUGAUCGUCUCAGAAGAUUGCGUGCGCCCCUUACACGUUGGAACGUGCUCUUCCAGUUCGGAUGUCCCGGAUGCUCUCUUCUCGGUAAUUCCUUGAUCGGGUCUGACACAGCUAGGUCCCCUUCUGCCUCCUGCAAACGGCAUAGUAGCAUACAACCCUGGAUGGCCGCAAUGAUUUCUGAUGAAUGUUCCUGUGCUCUGCAUACGCUCCCACGUCGUAAUACAUAACCGCUUGUAUUAAUUCUGCGUCGUGGACCUGAAGAUAUGUGCCCAGGCAACGUGUUUCCAGGCUCUACGUAAGCAG